AUGGCGACCCCUAACCCUCUCCAAGAUAGCCCUUCGAGUCCGUCCUCGGUGUCCGUCAAGACUAUACACAUUGGGGGUAUCCUGACAGACAUCUAUGGGUUGGGAGAGUUGCCGCCAUCCUGUAGAUCCGUCUCGUGUAUCUGGCUGCUCCAUCCCCGUCUUCAAACAAAAGAGACCAUGGCCAACGUUGCCUCCAGUUGCAUAAAUGAUUGGAAUCAUCGGGCGUCAUCUGAUAGCAUAGGUCUCAUUGCCGUUGCAUUUGACCAGAGGAAUCACGGUAGUCGAUGUGUAAAGCCUCUGGCGAAUGAGGCGUGGCGUGGCGGAAACGUUUUCCAUUCUCAAGACAUGUGGAGCAUCAUCACGGGUACUGCUCAAGACACCACCCUACUCAUCGAUCAUAUUGGUGCGUACAUUUUGAACGGUCCAAAUGAUCCUCUUCUAGAGCAGCAUUUUGUGCUGGGCAUCUCCUUAGGUGGCCAUGCUGCAUGGCAGGUAAUUUUCAACGAGCCAAGAGUUACUGCUGCUGUUGUGAUCAUCGGCUGCCCAGAUUAUAUGCGUAUGAUGAGCGACCGAGCCAGACUUUCAAAGCUCAAGACUUAUACAUCGACUGGUGGCAUCGAUUUCUUUGGCAGUACCGAUUUCCCGAAAGCACUCAUUUCGAGUUGUGAGAAUGGGGACCCUAAAGCAAUGCUGUUUGGUGCCGCAGAUAUCAAGGGUAACAUUUCAGACAAGGAACAGAAUCGCGUAAAGGCACUUCUUGAUGCAACACUCAAAGGGAAGCAUAUACUUGUCUGUUCGGGAGGCGACGACAAACUGGUCCCGUACCAUUGUUCGGAACCUUUCUUGACGUUUCUCAAGCAAGCAACGAGUGGCUGGUACAAGGAUGGUGAUGUAUACAUUGAAGACAACGUCUAUAGCGGAGUUGGGCACGCAUAUAGCAAGGGCAUGGUUGAAGACACCACGAGGUUUGUGAGCAACCUCCUGGCAUCAUCUCGUAAACCAGCACCAAAGAUAUAG